GAGAUUGAAAUAUUCUCAUGAAAAUAAUCAAGAAAUUUGUUUUUGUUUAUUUACGGAGAAUUGAAAAGUUGUUUAUAAACUUAUUUUACAGCUCCAGCAUUAGGAAGCAUACCAUUAAUAAUAACCAGGAUGGAAGUUAAAGUGAAGCAAAGAACUCCAGAAUGGUUUGAAGCUCGUAAAAAAGUAACCCUGACAGCUUCUAAAUUUGGUGAAGCACUUGGUCUUGGCAGAGGCAAGCCCUAUGAUUUUUUUGUCUCCCUAAUAGUUGACAGUGAGCAUUACCAAGAAGAAAAUGAACAAACUCGAAAUAUGAGUCAUGGAAUUAAAAUGGAAAAAAUCAUUGGAGAAGCUUACGAACUAUUAACUGGCUGUAAAACAAAUGAGACUGGAUUUUGGGUUCCACAAGAGAGUGACUUGUUAGCUGGUUAUGUUGGGGCUUCCCCUGAUGCUUUGGUUUGUGAAGGAAGUGGGUUGAACUGGACUAUUGGACUUGCUGAAUUCAAAGCCCCCAUCUAUAAACUGUACUCUGGAGAUAAUCUCAUCCAUGGCAUUCCACGAGCAUAUAUGGCCCAGAUUCAAGGACAAAUGGCAAUCUGUCGAAUGCAAUGGUGUGACUUUGUGGCAGUUUGUGUAAAAACGAAAGAGAUUAUGCUAAAACGAGUUCACUUCUGCCGUGAAUAUUGGCAAUAUAUCUCUAUGGAAUUGAUAGCUUUUUGUCAAGUUUUAAAGGAAUCCCGACUCCGGAAGCAGUGUGGCAAAGAUAUCCUUGGCUUCGAUAUAGCCGAAGACCUUCGCCUGAAACCAUUCAGCAGGGAGUUGUUUCCGGGUGAGGCAAGCAUCAAAGUAGUCAACCAGCUUCAAACGGGUCCCAGUAAUAAAUUCCUUGGACCAGGGAGGGUUUGGCUGCCCUUUGACAUGUUGAUGGGAGUUAAAUAUGAACUGCCGCCUUCACUGAAGUUGUACGGUGAACGAAUCAUCGAUAGAAUUGACAAAACAAACAAAAAAAAGUGAUUUAUAUUUUUGUACUUUUGUA